AAAAGGGAGCCAUGGCUCGGAACCUGGCCGCGAUCCUGGCCCGUGGAUCAGGAAUGUUGCUUUCCGGCAAGGCGGUCAAGGAGUAAAUGAGGCAUAGAGCCAAGUUGGAGCUGUCGCCAACCUCUGGGAAAUCGCCACUUCCCCCUUGUCGAGGAUUUGCCGAAAGAAGGCCUAGCGGCGGCAUAGGGAUGGAGUUCCUGAUACAACCGAUUAGGAGGAACGUCGUGCUAGAAGAGGUUAACAACAAUGAGAUUCCAAUGGAGUCCUACCUAGCGGUGUCCACAAUAGCAGAUCAGCUGUCCCCCAUGGCGGCGGCCGGGGAAGCGCCUGGCUGGAAGGCAGAGUAUGAACCGCAAGCGUGCGAGCAGUCCAUUGAACAUAUAUUGACCCGAAAACUCCUGGAUGGACGUGAAGGGUCAGGAUCGGAGCUGCCACUCGUGGAAGGACGCCCUUGUGCUAGCCGCAAGAGUGCCCUGGAGAAGGCAAUACAUGGCUUCGCAAAGAAUCUUACAUUGUAAUAUUUCUUGCAUUGAGUACCACUUUUGAUGCGUUGGGUGAAGCUUACGACUUUCACAACUUGUACUCAUGGGAGAAGGGAUUCAACAUUAGGUAUGUGAAGAGCAGACUUAGUGUCGAGAGGACGAAGUGCAUGCAAGAAAUUGUUUGUGGGUGUAUGGUAUGGAUUAGUAGAUCUCAUUAUAUUUGUAUGUCUAGGUAGUUGAAUCAUGAACAAUAUUUUGAAUGUCAUACGGACUUGUGUGCUGUUGUUUCACAGGGAAAGGAUGGGGUGGAGAACAUGAGGUCUUGCCGAUGCGAGAGUCCUGCACUGAUACAACAGUUGCGCUCAAAAGACCAUUUGUCGUCUCCUAUGUACAAACAAACAAUACACUGGCCCUCCCACAAUGUGUACAGUAAGGAUUUGGUUGAGCAGCAGCGGCAGGACAAUGUGAACCUUGCAAAGGUCUACAUCAUUAUUGGCAGUUUUUUUGGAUCUAUGAAAAGAAUACCUUUCACGAAAAGAGCUUUGAAGAAUUUGUGUGGUAGAAUAAGCAGAGAGCAAGGAGAGGAUGAUGUGAGAAAAACCAUGGAGGCUUUUGCAGAACUGGUUCAAGAGAUCCACACUUUACAUAUUGUGUGCAUGUUGACAAAGAUCGACAGAUAACAACUUUGAUGUGGGCAAAUGGCACACUCAUAUUGCAAUAGACAUUCUUUGGGGAUGUUGUGAUAUUCAAUACCACCUGCAUGAAAAA